CAAUGAGUCGAUGAUAGUUGCAUUCGAAUAGUGACGUUAAAAUAAAAUUUACCAUUUUGCUGUCAUUAUUGUUAUAUAAUAUUAUGGCAUUUUUAAGUGUUUUAUUAAUUACUUUGAUAUGUGUUGUAGUAUGUCAUUACUUUUGGACAAAUUACUUUGGAAUAUUCAUUAAUAAUAGAAAAAUAAGUCUUCUAUCUGGUCCACCAAAAUUUAUGACACAAUAUCUUCGUGGAACUCCUGACGGUUUAUUGAUUAUUUUAAGUAUAGUGGGAAAAUAUUAUCCAUCCCCAUUCAAAUUAUCGACAAACUUCAAUUCAUUCGUUGUAAUAUAUGAACCAAAUCAAGCAAAGACUAUUUUACAUAGCCCACAUUGUUUAAAUAAAAGUAUAUUCUACAAGUUUACAGAACAACAAUACGGACAAGUAUUACUAACAGUUUCUGAAUCUUUAUGGAAUCGAUAUCGAAAAGUAAUAGCCCCAAGCUUUGAUCCAAAUAUAUUGCAAGAAUAUUUUCAUAUAUUCGUCGAACAAUCUCUAAUAUUGGUAAACGAAUUAGAAAAAGUUGGAGUAAAUGGAAAUGAAAUUACGUCUUUUAAACAUAUAAGAAUAUGUGCUUUAGACAUUGCAUGCAAGACCAUGAUAGGGAUCAAAUUAAAAUCACACGUAAAAGAUCAAUUUCUCGAGUCAAUAACAAGACUAAAAGAAAUUUUGAGAUACAGACUGUUUUCUUUAAUGACAUGUGGAAGUUAUAUGGUUUUCUAUAAUGCUGUAUUUAAUUUUACUUCUUUGGGACGCGAACAACGAAAAAUUUUAAAAUCGGCGAUUCCUCAUAUUAAUAAGAUAAUGCAGGAACUGCAACAGCAACGAUUAAAUACAAUGCAUACAAUGGAAAGUCACGAAAGUCAUAGAACAGUUCUCGACAUGCUGUUGGAAGCACUUAAAAACGAAAACGUUACGGAUAAAUCAAUUCACGAUAACAUAAUAAUGCUUGUUAUAAUGGCCAGUGAGACAAUCAGUAUUACUGUAGAUUUUGCUAUCUUUAUGUUAGCAAAUUUUCCAGAAAUACAAGAAAAGGUAUAUAAAGAAUUAGCGGAAAUUUGUGGCACAGAAACACCGAUGUCUGCACCAGUCAAAUAUGAUGAUUUACAAAAUAUGCAUUACUUGGAUCGAGUUAUUAAAGAAACAAUGAGACUUUUUCCUGCUAUUCCUAUACUUGGCCGACAAUCAGUAAAAGACAUGAAUAUAGGAAAUUUUAGUUUACCAAAAAAUACUAAUGUUAUGAUAGCACUUAUACUGAUGAAUCGACACGAAAUGUACUGGCCAAACCCGUUGAAAUUUGACCCAGAUAGAUUUCUCCCAGAAAAAAUAAAGGAUGUUCCGUCGUAUUAUCACAUCCCUUUUAGUGACGGACCGAGAGAUUGCAUAAGUGCGAAGUACGCGAUGAUUUCUAUAAAAGUUAUCCUAGCUACUUUGGUACAAACAUUUGUAUUCAAAGUAGAUAAGAACAUUCAUAUAAAUAAAAUAAACUUAGGGAUGGACAUAAUGUUAAGUGCUAUUGAACCUUUAAAGGUUAAGAUUGAAAAACGGAAUCUUUAAUAAAGUAGCAAAAAGUAUGUUAAAUAAAAAGAAAUAUUAUUUUGCCAA